AUGACGCAUGAUCGUGACUUGCCACACCAUGCCGCACAUUACGCCGUUGCUAUGAAGUUGCUUAUUUCAUUAAGACAAAAUUCUCUUAACUCUUCAAUGGCAAUGCUUUCUGGGUGUUCAAGAGACGUUUCAUACAGCCAAAAUUUCCAUUCCUACUUCAAUUAUGAAGAAUCCAAAAACCCGAUUCAAGAAAUCUUUGAAAAGCCCCAAUUGAUUCUUGAAUCAAUUGGGUUUGCAGGGGGUGAAAAAGCAAUGGGGAGUGAAAGGGCAAAGGUGUCUUUUCACCUAGCUUCAAUUCCAAGGCCACAGGAUGUGUAUAGGAUUAUGGUGAACAAUGUGAAUAAGCCCUUUGAGCAUGUCUGGUUGCCAAUAAGUGAGGAUGGAUCCAGGUUCAUACACCCACUGGAGAGGUUUUCAGUUUAGAACUUCGUUGAUCAAAACACAAGGGAUAUCAAGCCUGUAAUGCCGCCACCGGUUGAAUCUACACCGUUCAAGCUUGUGGAAGAAGUAAAAGAUUUGAAGGAGCUCGCUGCAAAGUUGCAGGAUGCCAGUGAAUUUGCAAUCGAUUUGGAGCACAACCAGUAUCGAUCAUUCCAAGGUUUGACGUGUCUGAUGCAAAUAUCUACGAGAACCGAAGACUUCAUUGUCGAUACGCUCAAACUUCGGGUUCAUAUCGGUCCAUAUCUGCGCGAGAUUUUUAAGGAUCCUACCAAGAAAAAGGUUAUGCACGGAGCGGAUAAGGAUAUCUUGUGGCUGCAACGAGACUUCGGCAUAUAUGUUUGCAAUAUGUUUGAUACUGGACAGGCCUCGCGGGUGUUGAAUUUGGAGAGAAAUUCUCUCGAGUUUCUGUUGCUGCAUUUCUGCGGGGUUUCUGCGAAUAAAGAAUACCAAACCGCAGACUGGCGAUUGCGCCCGCUGACUGAUGAAAUGCUGCGAUAUGCAAGAGAAGACACACAUUAUCUUUUGCAUAUAUAUGAUGUUAUGAGAAUAGCGUUGGGUUUCUCGUAUCGGGAUCUAGAGCAUCCUGAUGCACUUAUCGACGUAUAUCGGCGUAGCUACGAUAUAUGUAUGCAGCUGUAUCAGAAAGACGUUCUCACUGAGUAUUCGUAUCUCAAUAUUUACGGGUUGCAUGCCGCUGAUUUCAACGGUCAACAACUUGCCAUCGUUGCGGGGCUUUGCGAAUGGCGAGACAUUGUCGCACGCGCAGAAGAUGAAAGUACCGGAUAUGUAUUGCCGAACAAAAGCUUAAUCGAAAUUGCAAAGCAUAUGCCAUUGACAACUGGGGAUCUGCGUCGCCUGUUGAGAUUCAAGCAUCCUCACGUCGAACGCAACCUCGGUGCUGUUGUAAGCGUUAUUCAGCAUUCUAUGCGGAAUGCAGCUGCGUUUGAAAACAUGGCCAACAAAAUUAAGCAAGAACGCUUGCAAAUGGACGCUAUGCGAAUGGCACAAAAAGCAUUCGAAGAAGCUUCAUUUUGGCCAAAUGUCGCACCGGGAGCAUAUAGCUGCAGCCGAGGUGUUGCAAAUCAAUUCGAAAACGAAGUUGAAAACCUUCUUGCUAGAAUCAACCGAAACCAUCAACCGGAGGGUCCUUCUGUGCGUGGUGGUGGCCGCAGCAAUUGGGAUGUGCUGAACAGAUCUGGGCUAAUGAGCACACAACCGUUGAAUUAUGGUCCGGGACCAAGUGGUUGGGUUCAAACGGAUCGAAGAAGUUGUGGGUUCGGGAUUGGGACGUUGCCUGGAAAUGCAGCAGGAAACAGGAAAUUUGACCGCGGUAAAAAGCCGAUGGAGGAGACAAACUUCAAGCAGAUCCAUCCGUUUUCUUCUUCUACGAAAAAACCCAAGCCGUUGCAUUCGGCCAUGAACGAACCUGCUAAUGCUCAAGAAACUCCAAACCGUGACGCACCCACUGCAACAUCAUCUAAGCUGGAGCACAUAACGCUUUUGCAAAAUUCCGGUCCCGUUACGGCUGAAGAGAAACGUGAUAGGGAAGAGAACGUAUCGGAUCUAUCAUCGAGCUUCCAGAAGUUGCUACAGAUGAAAGCGGAAAAACCGGAGGAAGGUGGUGGCAAGGGGUUGUCGGAGGUGGAGCGAUUCGAUCAUGCAGCGGCUGGGAAAGAAGCGAAUUUGGGAGAAAGCAAUGAGGAGAAGAAGUGUGGCGGAGAUGUCUAGUUCGGCGUGGCGGACAGGG